AUUUAGAAAAUAGGCGAUCUUUCGAGAAGGCAGAAGAAAACAUGGGAGAUCGAUCGAGAAAGCCGUAGCAAUCACCACUUGCAUAGUUUUAUCUAAAACUUUCACGAUUCCUCCACACUCUUCUCUACUCUCAGUCUUCUCCCUAUAAAUAUCUCCUUACAUUGCUCAACUUGAUCAACGAAAAACAAAACCAAUAUCCACUUUGCAAAUUAAAGAGAUCGUAUAUAUCCUUUGAUCUAGCUUUACUUUCUGAAUUUAUUUGAUUUUGCUAAUAAUGGCUUGCACGACUGUUACAUGUUCAUCAGCUUCUCCAUUAGUGUCAAAUGUCAGUGUUGGUGGAACUUGUAAGGUAACUGCACCUUGUUCUGUUUUCUUUCCGUCCAUGCGAGGGCCAGCGUCUACGCUGGUAGCGCGAGCCACUGGAGAUAACAAAGACACAUCAGUGGACGUGCAGCAUGUCAAAAACGGUCAAGGAGGAAACAACAAAAGCACUGCUGUUGAGCAACGUCCUAGGAGGAUGGCUCUCGAUGUCUCCCCUUUCGGACUGUUAGAUCCAAUGUCACCCAUGAGAACAAUGCGGCAAAUGAUGGACACUAUGGACAGAUUAUUCGAGGAUACCAUGACAUUCCCAGGAAGGAACAGGGCAUCAGGAUCAGGGGAAAUACGUGCUCCUUGGGACAUUCAUGAUGGUGAAAAUGAAAUCAAGAUGCGAUUCGACAUGCCAGGGCUCUCCAAGGAAGAUGUGAAGGUAUCCAUAGAAAAUGACGUGCUUGUCAUCAAAGGCGAACACAAAAAGGAAGAAGGUGGAAAUGAUGAGCACUCGUGGGGGAGGAAUAUCAGCUCCUAUGACACUCGUUUGAGCCUCCCCGAUAAUAUUGAGAAAGAUAAAAUCAAAGCAGAACUGAAGGAUGGAGUACUUUUCAUCUCGAUUCCUAAGACUAAAGUUGAGAAGAAGGUCAUUGACGUGCAUGUCAACUAAAUUAAUAGCUCUCAAGCUAUUCUUGUUCUUGGCUUUUUUUGAAACCCUUGUGUAAAAUGUAAGUUUGCUAUUGCAUAAAAUAUAAGAAUGGCUUGAGAUA